UGCUGAACCGACGAAUUAUUGUCAGUCAUUGGUGCAGCGUAUGGGCGUUUUGACACGUAUGCUCGUUUGACGGAAUCGUAUUUUUGUUUCUAAAUGAAUUUUCGACGUUAAAAGAGACAAUAAUUGGAUAAUUCACGAUAAAAACUGAUUCACCUGGAGGACGUCCUCUGGCACUGGUCAAGAUGAGCAGCAUAGCAGAGCAGCCAUGCUACACCCUGAUGAACAUUCCAGCGGACUCGGAGCCAAUAAACGAGCUGCAGAUGAAGCAGGACCUGGAGAAGGGUGAUGUCCCGAUAAAAAUUGAGGCCUUGAAGAAGACGAUUCAUAUGAUCCUGAGUGGUGAGCGUCUCCCUGGCCUCCUCAUGACGAUCAUCAGGUUCGUCCUGCCCCUGCAGGACCACACGAUCAAAAAGCUCCUCCUGAUAUUCUGGGAAAUAGUCCCGAAGACCUCACCAGAUGGAAAACUACUCCAGGAGAUGAUCCUCGUGUGCGACGCCUACAGAAAAGACCUUCAGCACCCGAAUGAGUACGUCAGAGGCUCGACUCUUCGAUUUCUCUGCAAAUUGAAGGAGCCAGAGUUGCUGGAGCCUCUGAUGCCAGCAAUAAUCGCCUGUCUGGAACACCGUCACUCAUAUGUACGUCGUAACGCAGUCCUCGCCAUCUUCACGAUCUACAGGAACUUCGAGUUUCUCAUUCCAGACGCUCCAGAGCUGAUUGCCAAGUACCUGGAGGGCGAGCAGGACAUGUCGUGUCGUCGUAAUGCAUUUCUCAUGCUACUCCAUGCAGAUCAGAGUCGAGCACUUGCUUAUCUUGCAGCUUGUCUCGAUCUCGUACCAACAUUCGGUGAUAUCCUGCAACUGGUGAUCGUGGAGCUCAUCUACAAGGUCUGCCUGGCAAAUCCUUCGGAGAGAGCUCGUUUCAUUCGAUGUAUCUACAGCCUUUUAAAUUCCCCCAGUGCAGCUGUUCGUUACGAAUCCGCUGGCACCCUGGUGACACUCUCGAGUGCCCCCACCGCCAUUAAAGCAGCUGCCACUUGCUACAUCGACCUCGUCGUCAAGGAGAGUGAUAACAAUGUCAAACUCAUCGUCCUCGAUCGUUUGAUUGCCAUGAAAGAGAGUCCCCAGCACGAGCGAGUCCUCCAGGAUCUCGUGAUGGACGUUCUGAGGGUUCUCGGUUCACCAGCCCUCGAAGUACGAACGAAAACCCUCGCCCUCGCCAUUGAUCUCGUCACUACGAGAACCAUCGAGGAGAUGGUGCAACUUCUGAAGAAGGAAAUCCUCAGGACUGCAGGGGGAGAGCACGAAGACGCUGGAAAGUACAGACAACUGCUUGUGAGAACACUUCACACUUGUUCGAUAAAAUUCCCAGAUGUUGCAGGGACUGUUAUCCCAGUUCUCGUCGACUUUCUCUCUGAGAAUGAUGAAGCAGCUGCCACUGAUGUUCUGGUAUUCAUCAGGGAGGCGAUCCAACGGUUUGAAAAUCUACGUCCCCAGAUUAUUGAGAAGUUGCUAGAGGUUUUCCAGGAUAUUCGAUCAGUCAAGGUGCACAGGGGGGCAUUGUGGAUUUUAGGUGAAUAUGCCACAUCGAAGGAGGACAUUGAGAGUCUGAUGGGACGUAUUAGGGCUGCCCUCGGGGAUCUACCACUCGUCGAGGCUGAGAACAAGAGACAGGCUGGGGAUAAGCCCAAUGAGGAUGGCAAUACCCAGGUGCAACCAGCUCAGCUCGUCACAUCUGAUGGUACUUAUGCCUCCCAGAGUGCUUUCAGCACUGCAGACAGUGCUAAGAAGGAGGAGAAACGACCUGCCCUUGUGCAGUACAUGAUGGAUGGGGAUUUCUUCAUUGGGGCGUCCUUGGCCACUACUCUUUCCAAAUUAGCGUUGAGGUACAAGACACUCGAGAGCAACGACCAGAAGAAUAACAGGAUGCAGGCUGAGGCGAUGCUCAUAAUGUCCAGUAUUCUGCAGUUGGGACGCUCUGGUCUGGCCUCCAAGGCUAUGACCCACGAUGAUGCUGAGAGGAUCUCCCUUUGUCUCAGAUCACUCGCCUGUCCUACUCCUCUCGUUCAGCAAGUAUUCACUGAGGGCUGCAGGGAUGCCCUUGGCAGAAUGCUCGCUGCCAAGGCUGAGGAGGACUCCCAGAAUCAAAAAGCCAAGGAAAAACCGGGAAAUGUCGUUCAAGUCGAUGACGCCAUUCAAUUUGUCCAGUUGAACAAAAAUGCCGAUCUUGCUGGGGGCACUGGUGAUGUCUUCGAACAGAGUCUCUCUGCUGCUGUGGCUGGAAGACCUGGAAGUGGUGGAGCUGAUGCACCCACCUCCAGUGCCCUCAGCAAAGUCACACAGCUCACUGGUUUCUCUGAUCCUGUUUAUGCUGAAGCUCUUGUUCACGUCAAUCAGUAUGAUAUUGUACUGGAUGUUCUCAUUGUCAAUCAGACUGAGGACACUCUUCAGAAUUGCACUUUGGAGCUCGCCACUAUGGGGGAUCUCAAGCUCGUUGAGAGACCACAGCCUAUUGUACUCGCACCCAGAGAUUUUGCGAGUAUCAAGGCGAAUGUCAAGGUGGCAUCUACUGAGAAUGGAAUUAUCUUUGGAAAUAUUGUUUACGACGUGUCUGGGGCUGGAUCGGACAGAUCGGUAGUGGUCCUGAACGACAUCCACAUCGAUAUAAUGGAUUACAUCGUGCCGGCAACCUGCACAGACGCCGAAUUUCGGCAGAUGUGGGCUGAAUUCGAGUGGGAGAAUAAAAUAUCAGUGAACACAACUCUUGCAGACCUCAGAGAAUACCUAGCACACCUGCUCAAGUCCACGAACAUGCGUUGUGUCACCCCAGAAAAAGCAUUAUCUGGACAGUGUGGCUUCAUGGCAGCGAAUAUGUACGCGAAAUCAAUAUUUGGGGAAGACGCCCUUGCCAAUUUGUCUAUUGAGAAACCCCUGAAUAAACCCGACGCCCCGGUAGUGGGCCAUAUUAGAAUACGUGCGAAGAGUCAGGGAAUGGCCCUCUCCCUCGGUGAUAAAAUAAGCUCUGCCCAGAAGGUCGUUCAGACGAAAGUCGUCCAGGCCGCGUAAAAAUAUUCUCAUAAUAUCCUCAUAACUAUGAUCUAUGAUUUUCUCAUCCACAGGUAUUCGAGAAUUCCAACACGAUUCAGUUAAGAUGUGUCACAUUUUAUUCUACCUUAAGCAAAAAGAAAAAAAAGAAAACAGUAAACUAAGGGAUGUUACAUGUAAUUAUCAGAAAAAUGAAUAAAUUUUAAUAUGUAUAAUAA